AUGGCUUCUGCUGCUUGUACCUUCUGCAAUAUCAUCAAGGGUGAAAUCCCUUGCAUGAAGCUCUUCGAGAGUGAGCGCGUCCUCGCAUUCCUGGACAUCCAGCCUCUCAGCAGAGGCCAUGCGCUUGUGAUCCCCAAGUACCACGGCGCUAAGCUCACAGACAUUCCGGAUGCAGACCUCCGCGAGCUCUUGCCGGUUGCGAAGAAGAUCGCCGUUGCUGCUGGUGCUGAUGAUUUCAAUAUCCUUCAGAACAAUGGCACGAUAGCCCAUCAGGUCGUCCCCCAUAUCCCGAAGCCCAACGAACCCGAGGGUCUCGGCAUUCGCUGGCCCGCAAAGGAGGCAGACAAGGAUGACCUCAAGACGCUCUGGGAGGAGCUCAAGUCCAAGAUGUAA